UUAGGGUAAAUGAAAAUGUAAUUUUUAAAGAAUGAACUAAAAUGCUAACAGGAUCAUUUUGAUUUAUUGAGGAUAGUUUCUCGUGUAUCUGAUGCUGGUAAUUUUGGCUAAUUUGUUUGGUUUCUACCAAGCAUCUGCUGAGUGUAAGAUGAACAGCUUGUUAUUUCAAGUAAACAAUGAUUUCAGAGUAAAUUACUGGAAGAGCUUUAGCUCUGCAAAUGGGAGGGUCAAAGUGAAAACAAAUGCUGCACUGUUGGAUGAUUCAGACAGGAAUAUUUCAGUAUACUGAAAGAUUUUCUAUGUGAUUUUGGUUUAUUUUCUCAUGAUUCAACUCGGGACACAUUGAUACAUGAAAUCAGUCCAAUCUGAGCAGCAGGAUCCUAGUUCAGGUCAUACAGAAUGAGUCAGGUGGAUUAUAAAACAAAUCUCGCAUCCUCUUACGUUUCAUCAGAUCAGAUAAGGGACUUUGCUCAUUUUAUAGGUGGGGAUGCUCCACUACCCAUGUGCAGGAGACCUUUAAAACAUAGCAAAACAAAAACAAUCAUGAAAGGAAUUCUGAAACGUGGCAAAUAUUUCCUUUACUCAGGUGGAGCUGUCAGUAAAAACAGAUAGCUACUCACAUCUGAAGAAGGUUGAUGCAAACACUAUUUCAGAAAUUUUUACACGACUGCCGGUCUCAAGCGCUUAACAGGCUCUUGCAGAUCUCCUGGUGAUGAGGUGAUUAGAAGGUUUAAUUCAGGUGAGGUGGAGCAGGAAACUUGUAAAGCAUGCAGGAGCCCUCGGGACUCGAGCUGGUGAUCUCUGUUUUAGACAAAACAACCUGAAGUGUUGAUUUCUUCUCCAGCCGAUCCUUUUUAUUUCAGUUUGUUUGAAAUGAGUGGAAAUGAAGACGUGGAUAUUUUUGUGUAAAACAUCAACACUGAGAUGAUCUAAAGUCUCCUCUGGGAGUGUCAUCAUUAACAGAUCCCACCAUGACAAAUAUGCACGUGUGAAAAAAGGUCUGUUGGAUGUUGACUGUCCUCUGAUCCAGUAUCUGCCAACACUCCACUAAAUUCACACCGAAGACAACAAUGUGAAAUCACUUUUGACUUUGGAUUCAGCUUUUUGCUCUUAUUAAAGGUGGAUCCAAACAUGUUUUGUCUUUACUUUCUAAAAUCCAUGAGAGUGGAGGGAUGAGUGGAAUUGCAGGCUGUAUUUCCUCACUUUUCUGUUUGGCGCUGCAGUAAGAUUUAAGUCGACAACUUCGGCAGCUUCUUAGAGCCCGCUGGGGUUUGGAAUAGUCCAGCAGCGGUCCACUAACUGGCCAUCAUUCAUAUUUAAAAGACUAUGGAAUAAAGACAAGAAGGGAGAAUCCAUCAAUAUAAUGUCUCUGCUGGACUUCACAAGCUUUGAAAAUGAUUCCGCCUGCAUCAGUUUUUAUAAGAAAGGAUCUUAAACUUUGAGCAAAUGAAAUAAUUCCAAAUAAUAAUGUUGCUUAUUGCUCAUGGGAACAAAAUUUUAAUCUUGUGAAAUAGGAUUUUUAAAUUUGUGAUGAGAAUAAAUAUCUUUCGUGGUGUUUUAAAAGAGAGACUGUGUGGAAAACGACUCCACGGAUGUGUGUGCUGAGCCUUUCUCCACAUAUGUCAUUCUGAUCUAAGCCACACCUGCUGCUAAACACGACUUACCAGAGAGGGAGAGAGGCAGCAGCGGGGUAGAGAGUGCUGCGUUUCAGGCUGCGCUGUCACAGGCUGAGCAGUCGCUGGAGCGAACGGUCGCUGCGUUGUUUCUGCCUUUUUUUUAUCUCCAUCUGUUUCUGCGCAGCUUUUCAUGAUAAAACAAGGUCUUCACUCCUGUCAUCCAGAACUGAUGGUUUAAUUUCUGAGGCUUUAUCGGAGAGGAAAGGCUCAGCUUGCUAUGAGACGUGGUUAAUUGCUGACUCUCACUCUGAACUGGGAGUAAGCAGAAGGUAUCCCCCCACUCCCACCCGGCAUAUGGGAAUUUCUCUUCGUGUGGCAUUGGGAUUUCAAUGAGCUUGCUGGAAUUUAUGGGACAUUUUUGUCUAGAGGAAUUUUAUACCAACCUUGGACGUUUGAAUGUUUUGUACCUAAGCUGAAGCUGGUUGGUGAUGUAAAGCAGGUGGGAACUGGGGGUUUUAAACCUCUGCACUGCAUGUUGGCACGCUUUGCUACCUUUUCGGCUCAGAUCCAGCUGGAGCAGCUAAGGUCAGGACACUGACAAAUCGCACCACACAUCACACGUCAAGCAGUUCUGAUGUUUGCUACAGUGAUUUGGCCACACCCUGGGCGAGUAAGAGGGGAUUCUUACUGACGGUCUGCAGGAUUUCCAUCUGAGCGUGACAGGGAGCGAGCGUAAGCUGGUAGUGAGGGAGUGAGAGGAGAAGAUGCCAGCCAUCCUGGUGGCCUCAAAGAUGAAGUCUGGACUGCCCAAACCCAAACCCGUGCACAGUGCCCUCCCCAUCCCCCAGACUCCCAGCAGACCAUCAGCUUUAGCCCUGCCUUCAGCACCACUCAAGAGCCACAUCCCCUCAAGACCCCCAAGAAAGGCUCCGGAGUCAGAGGCUGGUGGAAACCCUCAGAUCUACACAGACUGGGCCAACCACUACCUCGCCAAGUCAGGACACAAGCGCCUCAUCAAGGACCUCCAAACGGACGUCGCGGAUGGAGUGCUGCUGGCUGAGAUCAUACAGGUCGUUGCCAAUGAAAAGAUUGAUGAUAUCAAUGGCUGUCCCAAGAGCCGUUCUCAGAUGAUUGAGAACAUAGACGCCUGUCUCAGUUUCCUGGCAGCCAAAGGAGUUAACAUCCAGGGUCUGUCUGCAGAAGAGAUUCGGAAUGGGAAUCUGAAAGCCAUCCUUGGGCUCUUCUUCAGCUUGUCCCGCUACAAACAGCAGCAGCAGCAGGCUCAGCGUCAGAACUCCCUAACUGCUUUCCCACCAGCGGCGGCACCGUGCCAGAGCACACACCCUCCUCUGAGCCAGCAAAGCAGCGCUCCAGCACAGCUCAGCCAGUCUCCGCAUGGGACUCCUGCCCUCUCAGCGCAGAAAGCAGCACAGGCCGAGAUGCAGUCCAGGGAUGGUUUUCAGAGUAAACUUCUCAAGUUUUCCAUUGGUCAGAAAAAGAGCUCUAGGCUGCCUGGCCUGACAGCAAGGGUGUCCACUGCUGGCAGUGACAUCCCUAGCAGAGGCUCGGUCAGUGCCGUUGGGAGCAGACGCAGUCAGGGCUGCAGUGAUAGAACCAAAGCCAACUCACACCUGAGCAAAGAUUCCUCUGAGAGCAUGACCUCACCUUCGAUAAUGAUUGAGCAUGCUUCAUCUGCUGUGACUGUCAGCUCCUCUACCAGCACCUCAGCUGCUACCUCCACCCUGGUGUCUCCCCCCUCCUCUUCUUCGACUGCCAUUCCCCAUCCCAACAGCAGCAGCAAGCCCUGGAGGAGCAAGUCAACAAGCUCCAAACCUCCACCCUCCACCAGCGCCCCUUCUUCUGCAAUGCAGACCGGCAAGCAGGAGAAGGACGGGUCCUCUAAAGGUGUUGUAACAGCUGAGGCUCCUCCCAAAGUGGUCUCUCAGAAGUCGAUGCUGGAAAAGCUUAAGCUCUUCAACAGCAAAAGUGGAUCCAAAUCAUCUACCAGUGCCUCAUCUUCUAACAGUGUAGCUUCUCAACCAGACAAUGCUGCCCCUUCCAGGCAGCAUGGUGCAGGGCAGGUGGGGCGAUCUGAAGCUGCCUCCAACACGGACCCCCUAGAGGAAGAAGAUGGAAAUAUCAGACCAGGACUGAAUGGAACCAGCAAUGGGGCAACUUGUGGAGCUGCUCCUCCAGCAGCCACUGCCAGCAGCCCCAAAAUUGCUCUUCGGGGCAUUGCCCAGCGCACUUUCAGCAGAGCAUUGACUGCCAAGAAGGGUUCUGUGAAAGGCCCUGAAAAAGACAAGGGAAAGGAGAAAGAUAAAGGCAAGGAGGUUGGUAAGCGUGUACCUGAUAGAACUGAGCUCAGGGGGGAGGAGCCUAAGGAAGAUGUUGCCCUCGUCAUUGGAGACACUGAUGGGUCAAACAAAAGGACUUCGAAAAUUGCUAGUUUUAUUCCCAAGGGGGCUAAAGUAGCCAAAAAGGAGAGUUCCACCCCUGCACAAAGCGGAAUACCAAAGCCAGGAGGAAAGGCCCCAUUAGUUGGGGGCAAAGCCUCCUCAAUGAAGGAAGCUGGGGAGAGGCCUCGGAGCAUGAGGUUAGGGGGGGGUCUCGCCAUGCACCGUGGCCCCUUGGAUAGAGACAGGGACAGCAGGCACUCCAGCUCUACCUCCAGCCUGGCCUCCACAGAAGGAAAGCCCAGCGCCGCCCCAGUGGCAGGUGGGGGCACUACACAGAGCACAGCCUGCAACACUGUCAGCGUGCAGCUACCUCAGACACAACAACACCACAGCCACCCCAACACAGCCACCGUAGCACCUUUUAUGUACAAAUCCCAACCUGACGACGAGGGAACGGCCAACACAGAGGGCAUUUCGGGUGGAAGAGGUGGAGACGUUUCCUGCACUAAGACCAGCCAGACCUCCAUCGAGGAUCUUUCAGGUGAAGACCCAGAGACAAGACGGUUGCGUACUGUAAAAAACAUUGCAGACCUGCGGCAAAACCUGGAGGAGACCAUGUCCAGCCUGCGAGGAACUCAGGUCACACACAGCACACUAGAAACGACCUUCGAUGGCAGCGUCACCACAGACAUCAGCUCUGGCAGUGGGAGUGGAUGUGGGAGCAGCAUCAACAGCGGAGGUGGUCGAAGCAUCCUCAGCCUUACCUCGGCCCGCUCCUCACUGUCACCAUGGCGACUGGGCCAGUCUAGCCCUCGUCUGCAGGCGGGCGAUGCUCCCUCAUCAGGAAAUGGUUACGGUGGCCGAGCGGGCAGCGGACAGGGAGGACGCUAUCUGUACCCAGGUCACCUGAGGCGUCAGCUGGCUGGAAGGGGUGGGACUCUGUGCAGCGUAGAGCUCGGAGACAGAGCCAGUGAGGAGCUCGAGCUGGACGGGGGCACCGUGGAGGUCACUGGAUACAUGAGCGACGGAGACGUGCUGAGCAAGAAUGUUGUGCGCACUGAUGACGUCACGAGCGGCUACAUGACGGAUGGAGGUUUGGGUCUCUACACUCGCCGCCUGAACAGACUUCCAGACAGCAUGGCCGCCGUCCGAGAGACGCUCCAUCGGAAUACGUCAUCAGGACAGGGAGACGGUGACAGCUGGGAUGACAGCAGCUCUGUGAGCAGUGGCAUCAGCGACAACAUCGACACAGAUGACAUCAACACCAGUUCCUCCAUCUCCUCCUACGCCAACACACCUGCAGCGAAGCGCAAGGGCCUGAGCACACAGCCUGUGACUGAUGCAGAGAAGCACUCAGCCUCCACUGCAGUGCAUCAAGCCUGGGCAGGAGACGAGGUGAAGAGGCCAGACAGCGGGUCAGACACCGGGGUCAGGAUGGAUACAGGCAAGUGGAGCCGCAGGACAUGUGACAUCUCAGAUGAGUCUGACAAGGGCGGCUCGGGAAGGAAGACCCCCUCUGUGUCCCAGACAGGCUCGUGGAGAAGAGGCAUGAGCACUCAGGUGGGGGUGACAUCACCCCGGACCAAAAGCACAAGUACCGCAGGAUCUGCAGUUUCAGUCGGUCUCAAGAGCCACAGCUCAGGUAAGACAGAUGAUGUAAAGGUGUCAGAAAAAGGCCGCCUCUCUCCUCGUUCUAACGGCCUUCAGCGCUCGCCCUCGGACACUGGGCGCAGCAGCGGUGAUGAAGCGAAGAAGCAGCUGGUCCCAACAACCCGAACGCCAACCACAAAUUCACUCACACACACUGUCUCAGACCCACAAUCCCACAUGCACACACUGACCUCCCGCACCCCAACAAGCACCUUCGGCUUCAAGAAACAAGGUGCUGGGAUUGUUACCAUGGUCACGGCAAGUGGCGCCACAAUCACCAGUGGAUCAGCCACCCUGGGGAAGAUGCCUAAAUCAGGGGCACGUUCACUGUCUGGAGGCUUAAAGUCCGGCGGGCAGGACGGAGGCUCGGUGUUGGGUCACCACGAUGACGUCUUCCUUCCCAUGAGUGCACGCUCUACGUUGCAGUACCGCAGCCUGCCAAGGCCCAGCCGCGCAGGAGCGGCCGCCCGCAACGGGAAUCGCUCCUCCACCAGCAGCAUUGAAGCCGCGGUGCUCUCCGUCACUUCUCAUGGAAAGAACUCCAUCAGCCUUGCCAAAGCCAAUGGCUCGGGAGGAUUGGCAGCCAAUCAGACGGACCGGGAGAAGGGAGUGUGUGAAAUCGAUAACCUGAGAAGCGGGGGAGCAGCGGCGAUUCCAGGGAGGCAGCAGGUUUCUUCACCUACACUGCGCAGGUUAUUUGGUGGAAAGCCCAGUAAACAGGCGCCGGUCAUCACAGCUGAGAACCUGAAGAACUCCACAGUCAUCUCCAACCCCCAUGCUACCAUGAACCACGUUGCUACGGUACUGGAGUCCCCUGAUGGAGGACUGGGAUGCGGGGAGAGCGAGACCUGCAGCUCUGUGCUUGGAGGCAGAGCACUGGGAUCUGGAACGGGAACGCUGGGCAGCGAACAGGCCUCCAGCCCAGGAUCAGUUUACUCCUCCACCGGCCCCUCCAACAGUCUGACAUGGGGGACCACCUUCAGCAGCUCCUCUGUCCCCAGCAGGGAGGGCACUUUAGGUGGGCAUGGCGGGGCUGGCAGCAUGGGCUUCCCCUCUGUCAGCAGCAUGCACACCAGCAGCGAGUCCAUCGACAUGAGCCUGGGCAGCGCCGGUGGAGGUGGGAGCGGAGUCCACGGGGCCCACAGGGAGGACACCCUCUCUGCUCUGGCACGUACCGGCAGCGUGAAAACCGGCAUGUCUGAGAGUCCCCUCUCCUCCCCCUCUGCUAGCCCAAUAUUCAGCAGAAACACGCUACCUCGGAGGCAGGACAGCGGGCAUCAUUGUGGUAGAAACACUCUGCCUAAGAAAGGAUUCAGGUACGGUCCGUCAGCGCAGCUCAGGGGCCACGAAGAUCGUGAUUGGCUGCGUUCGCACUCCACCAGUGGGCUGCAGGACUCUGCCAGCAACUCGCCGUUCUCCCCCGGGUCCAGCCUCACCUCCCCCUCCGGUACUCGCUUCAACUUUGGACAGCUGGCUUCCAGUCCAACCUCUGCAGCUCAGAACAACCUCGCUAGUCUGCGCAACAACAGCCUGACCAAUCAGGAUGCCCCUUUUGACCCCUGCAGCGAGAACCGACUCAGAAACUCUUGCAUGUCGCUUGAUGAGAAGACUCGCACCAUGAGCCGGUCGGGAUCUUUCAGGGACGGAUUUGAAGAAGUUCAUGGAUCGUCCUUGUCUCUGGUCUCCAGCUCUUCUUCCAUUUAUUCUACGAACGAGGAGAAGUCUCAGUCGGAGAUUCGGAAGUUACGCCGGGAGCUGGAUGCCUCCCAAGAAAAGGUUUCUGCCCUCACGACACAGCUGAGCGCUAAUGCUCACCUGGUGGCAGCGUUUGAACAGAGUCUGGGCAACAUGACCAUUAGACUGAAGAGUCUGACUUUGACUGCAGAACAAAAGGACUCGGAGCUGAAUGAACUGAGGAAGACCAUCGAGCUGCUGAAGAAGCAGAACGCUGUCGCUCAGGCUGCCAUCAAUGGAGUCAUCAACACACCUGAACUCGUGCCUAAAGGAGACCGGACAGUGGGCAGUAACAGCUCUCUACAGCAGCAGAACCAGCCACCAGACCUACGCAUCAGGCGACAGCACUCCUCUGACAGCGUCAGCAGCGUCGCCAGCGCCACCAGCCACUCCAGCGUGGGCUCCAACAUGGAUGCUGAUGCUAAAAACAAGAAGAAGAACAAAAAGAACUGGCUGCGAAGCUCCUUCAAACAAGCGUUCACCAAGAAGAAGUCUCCCAAAUCCGCCUCUUCUCAUUCAGACAUCGAGGAGAUGACUGACUCUUCUCUGCCAUCCUCCCCCAAACUGCCCCACAACGGCAGUUCGGCCACCACCCACCUGCUCAGGAACACACACUCCAACACACUACUGUCGGAGUGUUUGGAUGGCGAGGCGGAGAUGGUGAUGCAGCUGCGCAGUGAGCUGAGGGAGAAGGAAAUGAAGCUGACCGAUAUCCGCCUGGAGGCUCUCAGCUCCGCACAUCAGCUGGACCAGCUCCGGGAGGCCAUGAACCGGAUGCAGCUGGAGAUCGAAAAGCUGAAAGCAGAGAAUGAUCGUUUGAAGCUGGAGAGUCAGGACAGCAGGACUGGUUCCCAGGUGUCCAUCUCAUCCUCCCCUCCCCCUCACAUACAAAGCCAGACCCCAGGGCCUGGCCCGGGACUGUCCCAGCACAGCCUUAACCUCACCACUAGCGAGUCCACCAGCCUGGACAUGCUGCUGGAGGACACAGGUGGAGAAGGAGGCGUGAGAAAAGACGGUCGACACGUGAAGAUUGUUGUGAGUUUAGAGAAGAAGUGGGAGGAGGUAGGACAAUUUCGCCAUUUUCUGAUUGGCUGCAUUGGAGUGAGUGGUAAAACAAAGUGGGACGUCUUGGAUGGGGUAGUCCGACGCCUUUUCAAGGAGUACAUCACUCAUGUGGACCCGGCGAACCAGCUGGGCCUGAGCACGGACAGCGUUCACGGUUACAACAUUGGUGAGAUCCAUCGACCCAGUGGGCCCAGCUCUGCCAGCACACCUGAGCUGCUGCCCUGUGGCUACCUGGUGGGAGACAACACCAUCAACAUCCAGCUCAAAGGUGCAGUCAGUGGAAGCGUGGACUCGCUGGUGUUUGAUACGUUGAUCCCGAAGCCGAUGCUGCAGCGUUACGUCUCCCUGCUGAAGGAGCACAGACGAGUCAUCCUGUCCGGGCCUAGUGGCACAGGAAAAACCUACCUGGCCAAUCAGCUGUCUCGACACUUGCUGCUGCUGGAGGGUCGAGCCUUGACCCCAAAUGCCAUUGUGACCUUCAACGUAGAUCACAAGUCCAGCAAAGAGCUCCGUCAGUACUUGUCAAGUUUGGCUCAGCAGUGCAGCAGUGUCUCAGGGGAAGAGUGCCCCCUGGUGGUGAUUCUAGACAACCUCCAUCAUAUCAGCUCACUUGGAGAGAUCUUUAAUGGUCUCUUCAACUGUAACUUCCAGCACAGCCCGUACAUCAUCGGCACCAUGAGCCAAGCCACGUCGUCUGCCCCCAACCUGCAGCUUCACCACAACUUCAGGUGGGUCCUGUGUGCCAACCACAUGGAGCCAGUUAAAGGAUUCCUUGGUCGCUACCUGAGGAGGAAGCUGAUUGAGAUGGAGAUUGGCAGCCGAAUGCGCAACGUGGAGCUGGUGAAGAUCAUCGACUGGGUCCCGCGGGUUUGGCACCACCUUAACCGAUUCCUGGAGACCCACAGCUCCUCUGAUGUCACCAUUGGACCUCGUCUGUUUUUGCCAUGUCCCAUGGAUGUAGAGGGAUCCAGGGUUUGGUUCACAGAUCUCUGGAACUAUUCCAUCAUCCCUUAUAUGCUUGAGGCUGUGCGUGAGGGACUGCAGCUGUACGGACGUAGGGCUGCGUGGGAGGACCCAGCAGCCUGGGUGAUUGACACCUACCCUUGGUCAUCAACUCCAGCUCCUGGUGACUGGCCACCCCUGCUGCAGCUCCGCCCUGAGGAUGUAGGCUUCGAUGGCUACUCUGCACCAAGAGAAGGAGUCAGGAAGGAUCCACCCCAAAGUGACAGUGAUGCAGACCCUCUGAUGAACAUGCUGAUGCGUUUGAAGGAAGCAGCUACAUCAUCAAGUCCGCAGAGCUAUGACAGCGACUCCAACAGCAACAGCCAUCAGGAUGACAUCUUGGACUCGUCUCUGGAGUCAACUUUGUGAUACUUUCAAAAAAAAAAACAGUUAUUUAACAUUUUUAUGAGCCGAUCAUUUCCUUUUGCCACAAAAAUGCAGCCACCUUGAUUUGGGUGCAGGUAACCCAAACAUUUGGAAAGAGAAUGACUUAUAAGUGAAUUUUAGUAAACGGGCAACAAAGUUUUUUUUACAGCACUGCCUUUUUUCCUUCACCACUGUGGCCCAUGGCUCCUUUGUCAGGAACCGAACGUCUUCUUCAGACAAGCAGAAGCACACAGCCUGUCCCUGUUAUCGGUCUCCUUGAACACCAGCCAGCUGUUCUCCAUCCUCCACAGAACUGCAACAUCACAUCUUCUUCAGGAGAUCCUACACAGCUGCAGUGCCCCAGAGCUGCCUGCAAGUGGCGACCUAGUUACUUUGUCUGGAGCUCCGGUGAAUCUGUGAACCACUGACCAACCUUUGUGUUUGUGUGACUGCCAAAGGACCACAGGAUUUAACGUGAAUGUUUGGUCCUACACAAACCUGUUGUUGUUUGUUUAAGACCCUAAACUUCCCAAAUGAACUGAGGCAACGUGUUUCUGGAUCAGGAAUGAUUCACAAGUUCAAACAAAUACAUCUGAAUGGGGUUUUGGGACAAAAUUCUUCAGAACUGAAGCAUUUCUUUUCAUAAACACUGUAGCAAACACCAGCUGUGAUCGACUCAGCUGCCACAAUUACUUUCACAUUAUCCGAAUGUGGGGAAGAGCUGGUGGUAUAAAAUCUAACUAAAGUUUUUGCUUUUUGUUGGGAUCACACCCAUCCCAGAUUCCUCAAAAUGGUAUGCCAGCUUCAGCAGGUGUCUCUGGAAGUCCGUCUGAUGAAGCAGACUUAGCCCUAACCCUAAAAGUGGAGACGGUGACCGUUGGUACCGCCGAGGUUAUUAACUCAGGAUAAGUGCUCGUUCGUGGCAACAACGGGAGGUUUUGACCAGUGGUUUUCUGUUGUUCAGGCACUAAGACGUCUUAUUAAGGCUGUUUUAGCUGACCUGUGAUUUUAUUAGAUAAAAAUUAGAAUAACAGCCUCACAUCCCAGCAUUUAUCUCACCAAAGGAGUUCUUUUGAAGUAAAAUAAAAUACACAGACACACAUGUCUAAGCUAGUAAAUGUUUUAACACUUAAAACUAAUUUUAAACACACAAGUACAGAAUCAAUUAAAAAAAGGCUUCUAUGAAUACUGGCUGGUAAAUGAGGUUCUCUUUUUCACUCCCAGAAACUCCUCUGAGAUCUCCCAGACCCACCUAGGCUGUUGUAGCAUGUCUCCUUUUGGUGCUGGACUGAAUCCUAACAUUGCCUUACUCUUUCUACCAGACUAUGUGCAUUUAUUAGCUGCUUAUCUGUUGAAAAGGCUGUAACCUUAGCAGGGCUCAGAGCCGACACUCCUGUCCAGGAGCGCCGUUGACCUUUCAUAUCAAUCACCGAGAACGAGACGUGGUGCUUUUAAGUUGGUUUUCUUAUGGUUUGCAUGAGUGACCUGAUAUUAAGGUGACUGUAAAUAAUCUGAACAGUUUAGAAAGAAAAAAAUUAGAUGUGUUUUGGUGCUUGAAAUCAGAACCCUGUUUUGGGGUUGAGCAAAGUAAAAGAUGUGCUGAUUUUAUACCUCAUGCCCCAUAACUUAAUUGUGCUUUUGCCAUGCUUAUGCUGUUUAUGUGAACAAACAUGUAGAGCUAAUUGUUAAUACGGAUUUGAUCCGUGAUCAUUGUGGUUGAAUGUUGAUGAAAACCGACUUGUCAUUCUUAAGUGAUUAUUGCUGUUAGACUUGAUGCCUGCCUUGAGAAGUUUAAAGCCACAGAAAUCCGAUCCUCACCAUUUCUAUGCAACUUUCAUUUUCUCUCCUAAUUAAAGCAGACCACACCGCUUCAGAACUGUUUUGCAUGGCACCAAAUUUGUGACAGGUGUUAUUAUCUUUUGUCUGUUUCUGUCAUUCCCGUGAAUUGUCUUUGCAAGCACAACGAUCCUGUCCGUCUGCGUAGAGCCUGCUCUGAGAGGAGCCAACGUUGUCCGACUGGUCUCUUUAAGGUGUUACUCACAAACUCUAUGAAUGUUUUAGCUUUUAUAGCCUUGUACAUUUUUAUAUGUAACAUAACUUUGUAAAUAGUUGAUUACCUGGCAGAAUUUUUGAGGAUUUUCUUUUCUAGCCCAUUUGUUACGAUACUUGAAAAGGAGUAUUUUGUGUACAGUCUCUUUACAUCAGAGCAGAUGGAAGCAGUUUGAAUCUGAAAUCACUGUCUUAGUCUUAAGUUAUUGUGAUUCAAUAAAUUUAUGAAUUAUUUAUAAUUAAAUAGUUUUCUUUUCUUGAAUAAAACACACGAUUUAAAA